UCCGCAUCCCACCGGUGGAUCUCACCCCUCACAGAGGCACCCAGAGCACAGCACCCGCCGCGCAGCGACGACAGCCUGCCCGCCACGAUGCUAGGUAACAAGCGAAUGGGGCUGUGUGGACUGACCCUCGCUCUAUCUCUGCUCGUGUGUUUGGGCAUUCUGGCUGAGGGGUACCCCUCCAAGCCGGACAAUCCGGGCGAGGAUGCGCCAGCAGAGGACAUGGCCAGAUACUACUCUGCUCUGCGACACUACAUCAAUCUCAUCACCAGACAGAGAUAUGGCAAGAGAUCCAGCCCCGAGACACUGAUUUCAGACCUCUUAAUGAGGGAAAGCACAGAAAAUGCCCCCAGGACAAGGCUCGAAGACCCUUCCAUGUGGUGAUGAGAAUGAAACUUGCUCUCCUGACUUUUCCUAGUUUCCACCCACAUCUUAUCUCAUCCUGUGAAACCAGUCUGCCUGUCCCACCAAUGCAUGCCGCCACCGGGCUGGAUUCCACCCCAUUUCCCUUGUUGUCGCUGUAUAUAUGUGUGUUUAAAUAAAGCAUCAUGCAUUCAAAA